AUGGUGCAGGGAAAGACCAAGGGCCUCCAGGCAAAAACGGCGAACCCGCGCCAUGCGCACAAAGCCGCUGCGAAUAUGAAAAAAGGCAGGAGGGACGUCGCACCGAAGAAAACCGUCCUCGUCAAGCAGGCGGUCAUGCACAAGAGCCUCAGCGCUAAAAUCAACAAAUCGGUCGAGCAGCAGAUGGUGAACGCCGCCUCCUCCGGGAAGCUCACCAUCAUGAAAAACCUCGUGAGCGAAGGGUGA